GGCUCCAGUCCCCGAGCUCCCGAGCAAUCCCGCACCGGCCCCGCCCGCCUCUCCUCCGCCACUCCGCCGCCCCACGCGAAUUCCCAAAUCCCCAGGGGCUCCCUCGCUCGCGCGCGCACGCUCUCCUCGCUCGCUCGCCUCCACCACCUCCCUCCCCCGCUCCUCGUGAUCCCAUCUCCUUGUCCCCGCGUGGCCGGCGGCGGGCGGCCGGCAGACCUAGGGUUUUGCGCGAUGGAGGCCGCCGGCGAGCGGUGAAGUCUCCCCACCCCAGUCCAGUGUGCUGCUGCUAGCAUCUUCCUUCCGUCCGUCAGCGCGUGGAGGCGGGGGUAGUUAGUUCUCGAGCUUCGGCGAAAACCCUAGGUCUUUGCGGACAGCCAUGGACGUGGACGCGCGGAUGGCGACGGAAUCGGACUCCGACUCGGACGCCGCCGCCGCCGCGGCGCAGUCUGGAGGAGGGUCCGGGAGCGAGACCCCCUCGGUCUCGCCGCCGCCCGAGGCGGCCGUGUCCGCGGCUCCGGCGGUGGCGGCGGGGCCGAGGCCUGCCCCGGGGUACACGGUGGUGGACGCCGCCAUGGACAAGAAGGAGGACGGGCCUGGGUGCCGCUGCGGGCACACGCUGACCGCCGUGCCGGCCGUCGGGGAGGAAGGCUCGCCAGGGUACAUAGGCCAGCGCCUGAUCCUCUUCGGUGGCGCUACUGCUCUCGAGGGCAACUCCGCCACGCCGCCCUCCUCGGCUGGCAGCGCCGGGAUCCGUCUUGCUGGUGCCACCGCGGAUGUUCACUGUUACGAUGUGUUAUCGAAUAAGUGGAGCAGGCUUACUCCACUUGGUGAACCUCCUUCACCGAGAGCUGCCCAUGUGGCAACUGCUGUUGGUACUAUGGUGGUCAUUCAGGGUGGUAUAGGCCCAGCUGGUUUAUCUGCGGAGGACCUUCAUGUUCUGGAUCUUACACAACAACGACCGCGAUGGCACAGGUGUUUUUCGCUCUACUAUGAUUCGAUAUUCUGUAUUCAGGAUUUACUUUUGUUACUAUCCAUGCUGAGGGUUCUACAUGUUCUAUGUAGAGUGGUGGUUCAAGGGCCUGGUCCUGGUCCACGAUACGGCCAUGUGAUGGCCUUGGUUGGGCAGCGGUUCUUGUUGACAAUUGGUGGAAAUGAUGGAAAGCGUCCUCUGGCAGAUGUUUGGGCCCUUGACACCGCAGCAAAGCCAUAUGAAUGGAGGAAACUUGAACCAGAAGGUGAAGGACCACCGCCAUGCAUGUAUGCAACUGCAAGUGCUCGUUCUGAUGGCCUUCUUUUGCUUUGUGGUGGGAGGGAUACUAAUAGUGUGCCCCUGUCAAGUGCGUACGGUCUUGCAAAGCAUAGGGAUGGGCGCUGGGAGUGGGCAAUUGCCCCUGGUGUUUCACCAUCACCCAGAUAUCAACAUGCAGCUGUUUUUGUCAAUGCACGACUUCAUGUCUCUGGAGGCGCUCUUGGAGGUGGUCGCAUGGUAGAAGACUCCUCAAGUGUCGCAGUAUUGGACACUGCUGCUGGAGUUUGGUGUGACACAAAAUCAGUAGUUACAACUCCAAGGACAGGAAGAUAUAGUGCGGAUGCAGCUGGUGGUGAAGCGUCUGGAGAGCUUACACGAAGGUGCAGGCAUGCAGCUGCUGCAGUUGGUGACUUGAUAUUUAUUUAUGGAGGCUUACGGGGAGGUGUGCUGCUGGAUGAUCUCCUUGUUGCUGAAGAUCUUGCUGCUGCUGAAACAACAAGUGCAGCUAACCAUGCAGCAGCUGCAGCCGCUAACAUGCAAGCUGGAGGAACACCUGGCAGAUUUGCUUACAACAAUGAACAGACAGGGCAAACGGCAGCCGGAACAACUCCUGAUGGAGCUGUGGUUCUUGGAACCCCAGUUGCUCCUCCUGUUAAUGGGGACGUGUAUACUGAUAUCAGCCCUGAGAAUGCUGUGAUCCAGGGACAGAGGAGAUCGAACAAAGGCGUUGAUUAUCUGGUUGAAGCAUCUGCUGCUGAGGCUGAGGCAAUCAGUGCUACUUUAGCCGCUCUAAAGGCUAGGCAAGUUAAUGGAGAAAUGGAACAUUCACCUGACAGAGAGCAGUCUCCAGGUGCCAUGCCAAGUGGGAAGCAAAAUUUAAGCCUCAUCAAACCAGAUGCUGCUCUUUUGAACAAUUCAACACCACCUCCUGGCGUUCGGUUACACCAUAGAGCAGUUGUGGUAGCAGCAGAAACAGGAGGUGCCUUAGGUGGCAUGGUUAGGCAGCUCUCAAUUGAUCAGUUUGAAAAUGAAGGAAGAAGGGUCAUCUAUGGCACUCCUGAUAAUGCAAAUGCGGCUAGAAAAUUACUGGAUAGGCAGAUGUCUAUUAAUAGUGUGCCCAAAAAGGUGAUUGCAUCUCUGCUGAAACCUCGUGGUUGGAAGCCUCCUGUGCGAAGACAAUUCUUCUUGGACUGUAAUGAGAUUGCAGAUCUAUGUGAUAGUGCUGAAAGAAUAUUUUCAAGUGAACCAAGUGUCAUACGGCUUAAAGCUCCCAUCAAGAUAUUUGGUGAUUUGCAUGGCCAGUUUGGUGACUUAAUGCGAUUAUUCGAUGAGUAUGGCGCUCCAUCAACAGCAGGAGAUAUUGCUUACAUUGAUUAUCUUUUCCUGGGAGAUUACGUGGAUCGUGGUCAACAUAGCUUGGAAACUAUCACUCUUCUCCUUGCACUGAAGGUUGAGUAUCCUAAUAACGUACAUUUGAUUCGAGGCAAUCAUGAGGCGGCAGAUAUCAAUGCUCUGUUUGGUUUCCGAAUAGAGUGCAUAGAGCGAAUGGGUGAGCGAGAUGGAAUCUGGACCUGGCACCGCGUGAAUAGGUUAUUUAACUGGCUUCCUUUGGCUGCCCUAAUAGAGAAAAAAAUAAUCUGCAUGCAUGGUGGUAUUGGUCGGUCCAUUAACCACAUUGAACAAAUCGAAAAUCUUCAAAGACCAAUUACCAUGGAAGCAGGCUCAGUUGUUCUAAUGGAUCUUCUCUGGUCAGAUCCAACUGAGAAUGACAGUGUUGAAGGGCUCAGACCAAAUGCUCGGGGCCCAGGUCUUGUGACCUACGGGCCUGACCGUGUUAUGGAGUUCUGCAACAACAAUGACCUGCAGCUGAUUGUGCGAGCACAUGAGUGUGUGAUGGAUGGCUUUGAGCGUUUCGCUCAGGGCCACUUGAUCACUCUGUUCUCGGCAACAAACUACUGCGGUACCGCAAACAACGCAGGUGCAAUCUUAGUUCUGGGAAGGGAUCUUGUGGUUGUCCCAAAACUCAUUCAUCCCUUGCCACCUGCCAUUACAUCACCUGAGACCUCUCCAGACCAUACCGAGGACACAUGGAUGCAGGAACUGAACGCCAACAGGCCACCAACUCCGACCAGGGGCCGCCCUCAAGCAGCCAACAAUGACCGAGGCGCUCUCGCGUGGAUAUAGCAGCUUCGCCGUAUGCCGAAGCAAUCUGUUCUAAGUCUCCGUCAGCGGGUCCUGGCUUAUAUUUAUCCAUUCUGCGGACAUGCAGAUAUCUUUGCCCAAGUGACAUGCUAUCCCGCAACAAUGGCAACAGGGAAUUGUUUGCAGAGCGCAAAGUUAGCGGUCUAAAGACAAAGACAGAAGUUUUGCCGGUCACCAUGGACAGCGCUCUCCAAAUUCUUUUCCCUAAACAUGAGAAGUAGAGGAGCCGAUCAUUGGCUCAUAGAUAGGUCCUGCCUGCUAGUCUUCACCUGUAUAUAAACUCAGAUGGCUGCAGAUAGGCGGAGUGGGUGUAUGUGUUUUGUCAGCAGAUUGGUUGGGCAGAAGGGGAUAGUGUAUUGUCCUAGGUAUUCUUUCCCUGUGUCUAGAUUUUUUUUCUUGUUCUCAAAUUGCAAAGUAUGGAGUGGCCAAAGGCGUAGUAAACUUUUUUAAUGCGGGGCCUGUCUCUCAGUGUCUCUCAGCUCUUGUAUAAUAGCGCCGUCUUAUCACACCUCCCUCCCGCUGUAAUUUCCGUCUCCGGUGCUUGUGUACAAUGCCAUUUUUUUUUCUGUGUUUAAAGUUUUUGGUGGUGAACAUAAUUGGGGAUCUAUUUUACUUCUGUGCAAUUCCAUAUAUCAUGCCGUGCCA